UAGAGCCUGUAGGUAAGCAUUUCACUGUAAGGUCUACACCUGUUGUAUUCAGCGCAAUCAAACGUUGAUUUGAUUUGAACUUGACACCAAUCUUCCUGAACAUAUCCUCUCCCUUGUUAUUGCUAGCUUCAACAUAUUCAAACCUCUGCCUCCCUCAGUCUUUUCAACCUUCCCUCUCUUUCCCUCCAAUCUUCCUCCCUUAAACCAAUUACCUGCAAAUAUUCCACUUCCAAGCCAAAUUCUCUUUUUAGCCUCCUUGAGAGACAAGUUAAGCCCUGUGCUCCCCAUUCAAAUGAUCAACAUUUUCAGGGCUCUUGUCGCAGGCUCUAUUUCCCUAUGUGGGAGCAUUAGGAACCGUAGGUAAGGAUUUUUAACCUGGUUACAUGUACAUUGAACAACACAGCAGCUUAUCGGCAUGUUUUGUGAUUUCUGUAUAACAAAAAACAAUGUUGGGUCUUUUCCACUGGGGGUCAAUGGGAAAGAAUGUUUGUUUUCCCCAAUUUCUGGGCGUGGUCGAGGGGAAUUCCUUAUUAUUACGUGAAUAUCAACUCUUCAGUAUCAGUUGAUAGAACAUUCCAAAAUACCACGGAAAGUAUUGCAUAACAAUACCAGGCAGCCAUUCCGAGUGUACCCAUGAGUUUACCAGUAAAAUUGCCAGGGUUAGAGUUUCCAAGCACGUUGGGGCACAGGGUGUCGGUCAUAGGGGCCAGGCAGUGUUAACCUGCCCUCCACCCCCGAACCACAGUCACACAAACACACUACCCAAGCGCCAAAACUCAUCCCACAGAUUAGCCUUCUGGAUACCUACAGCCGGGCUACAACAGUAAUUUACCACAGGCGCUUUUUACAAUACUGUUUAUAGAGAGUGCAGAGCUACUGUCUGAAAGGAGAGGAACACUAAAUAAAGUUUGAACGCUCCCUACAGUGGAAGGGUUAGUACAAUUCUGGCACUAUCCUAUGUGAAGCAAAACCAGUCUUGCAUUGUCCGUUUCAUUGAUUGUUUGACAUGCUUUACAAUCAUUACAGGAUAUAAAGGCCUUGCACUAACGUUGCAAGGUAAGGUUGCACUAAGGAUACAAGGUAAGGUUGCACUAAGGAUGCAAGGUAAGGUUGCACUAAGGAUACAAGGUAAGGUUGCACUAAGGAUGCAAGGUAAGGUUGCAUUAAGGAUGCGUGGUAAGGUUGCAUUAAGCUCUGAACAGUAGGGCAGUAUCAGGUCUACUGUUAUGAUUCAUUUUUGUUUCUCUCUCUCAGAUGUUCAAGGAGUUGACCCCACUGAUCCCUCUGCUGCACCUGAUAUGGGCAUCACAGAUGCCCCGAGCUCUGUUGCAACUGAUACAUCAGAACUCAAAGAUGCAACCUCCAACCCUACAGUUAGAAACGACACGGCCACUACCGUCGCCGACGCCACAGCCUACAACACUACUGGGACCAGUGCUCCUGGAUCAGACCAGGACACUGCCUUCUCCUCCAUGGUGCCAAACAGUGACCUCUUAGCAGGAGGUGAAACUUCUGGAACCACGGCUGGACCUGGUGUAGACACACAGGGCACUGAAGCAACUGAUGCACUGUUUGUACUCCAGACACAGGUUCUUGUGAAUCCCAAUGUUGAGUGUGUGGACAAGGAAGCAGUGAAAGACAAGGAUGCAGUCAAGGUGGAGCUUUCUUCAGAAAGCAGCUGUUUGGAGACCAAGAGAAUCUUGGAGGAUUCAGCCUGGUGCACAGGGGACUGCAACCUUCAAGUGUUCCAGGAAGAGAACUCUAACACAUUGGUUUUGACACGCGCUGAUGGUGGUGUCAAAGAAUUGUCAGAGAGCCUGGUCAGUGAAGGCAUCAAGGGCCAGCUGGGUGUGGUGAAGGCAGCUUCUCAGUGGGGAACACACACUCCCAUAGUGCUGGUGCCCCUGCUCAUUACUGGCCUGCUGCUGGCUGCUGCCAUCAUCGGAUGCUACUAUAUGAAGAACAACCGUGGACACAACGCCAAGGGCAUGAGGCUGGCUGAGGAGGCGUACCCAGUCGAUGAGGAGAACCACGGAAACACCCUGGUGUCUGUUGCCCCUCUCAACCCCCCUGAGAUCCUGGAGAAGCCUGCUAACGGGGACUCCCAAGAGGCCGCCAAGACCCAGCCCCCUCCCACCAACGGCCACUCCACCACCAAGACGGCAGACACAGAGCUUUGAAGACCCCUAGAACACCUGGAAAAGAAUGGAUCAGAUCCCACACCCCUCCUCCAACACCAACCUUUCCCCCCCAGAACACCCCAGAGACCCCAUCCUACCAUGGACAUUAGGGACUAGAACUACCACUCUUAACCCUCACAUAAACACUCCUUCAGACUCUCUGUGUGCCCCACUUUGGCUACAUGCCUCAACAAUUAAAAUGGAGGGACAACCCCAUGGUAAAGUAACCAUAAGAUUACAAUGAACAGGUGUUGAUGAUAAUGUGAAUGAUGAUGAUGCCGAGGGCUGUGUCCCUGUCCCUGGGUUACUGACAUCAUACAGGGAUGGAGACAGGGCCAGGGUUAGUACUGGGUGAUGGGGAUGGAGGGUUUUAUGUUGUCAAUCACCAGUGGCUCUAAGACUGCAGCCUGGGUCACAUCAACCAUGUAGUCAUUUUCAAUGCCCAGGAGGGGCCCUGCCUUCACAUGUCAUCAGGUUUAAAGCUUCCUUCCAUAAAUCCUUUAACCAUAAAUUGAAGCAUUGCAUCACUACCACUCAAAUUGGUCCUCAGUUGAUCAUAAAAAGGAGAAAAUAAAAUAACACAUUCUUGAAUCUGUUUACAAACAUAUCAGAGUGGAAGCUGAGCUAGUUUGGUUAUGUUUGUGUUAUUGUGUUCUGUGUGUGCGUGUAAGGAGUGUUGCUGUGUGUGUAAAAGCAGUGUGUGUUUUUGCUUGUUUUCUGUGUGUACAGGCGAAUGUGUGUUGGCAUGUGAGUGUGUGUGUCUGUGCGAGAAUGUACCUGUGUGUCACCCAAAAAUGUUAGAAUACAAUUUAUUAAAAUAAGCAGACAAGGUGAUUGCUUGGGGAGAUAGGUCCCCAGUAGUGACCUGGAGAGGGGUCUUCUUUUGGUGCUUAAUCUCACUGUAUCAAUCUGUAGGAGACGAAGCAGGAAGGAAUUCUCCCCUUCAUUACUGCAAGUUAAACCCAGAUAAGCCAAUGGCCUGACAGAAGUUAGAAAAACUAGAUCCACACAGUGUCACAAUGGUGACUGCUGAAAACCAUACCACUUAUGUGUAUAAGGUCUGGGACACAGUGUCGUGUAUAUAAAGAGGUCAGGUGUGCCAAUCCUUUUAAAUAAGUCAGUAUUAUUCUCUUUUUAAUACCUUUGUAACAGUAUAUAAUUAGACACUUAAUACAUACAGUAUUGUACGGAACAAUGUUAUAUAAUAUGAUGUUUCUGUUUUGUGUUUUGUUUUUGUGUAUUCACACUUGCUUUGUUCUAAGCCAAAGAAAUCCUUUUCACCAGCUUGCCAUGCGGAGAUACUGUAUACUGUAGAGGGAGGAGGAGUGAACAUAUAGAGAAACUACUUGCUGCUUUUUGUGACAUCAAGGUAGUGUUUGGGUCUCUUUUAGUGUGUUAGCCUAGUUGCCCAAAUAUAUGUUGUUCAAAGCUUGGCAAUACUACAUUUUUGCAGAGCGGCGUUCUUAACAACCCAGCCCAAUCUAUCGUUAAAGUACACUGUAUACACAGCAGGAUGACUUCUUGUUUACAGAUCUACAAGCUGAGAGUCGUUCCGCUGGGUAUGAUGAAGUCAUAUUGCUGACCUUUUAAAUCAGGAACUAAGGGGAAUGUCACAAUUUCCAUUAUACAUAACAUUACAACACUAUGUUAUUUUUAAUAAAUUCAGCAAAACAGUGAGUA